UCAGCCAUGACAGCGGGAAGCCGCGGCCGGCCCCGGCAGCGCCCCGGGCCGCGGCUCUCUCCCGGGAAGGGUGGCCAGGACGCUGUCAUGCAGGACCCUACCUCGGAACGCGCUGAGGAGAGCCGGGAGGCAGCCUCGGCGGAGGGCGGCGGGGCCUUCUGUCUGCAGAGGGUGUUUGAGGAGGUGCAGGGCUCCUCGCAGCUGAGCGCGGCGCCCGCGGAGCCGCCGGCCGUGACGGUGGUGGCGGUGGAGCGGUACCUGGCGCAGGCGCCGCCCGCCGCCUCCCCCCAGUACUGGUACGACCUGACGCUGGCGGACGGCGCGCGCUGGCACCGCUGCCACCUCGCGCCGCGCCUCAACGGGCUCGUGCAGCGCGCGCGCCUGCGGGCGGGCACGCGCCUCCGCCUGACGCGCUGCUCGUACCGCUACGACGAGAGGCGCCUGAACCGCGGCUUCUUCUGCCUGGAGGGGCUGGAGCGGGAGGGGGGCACCGGCACCGCCGCCGCGGGCACCCCGCCCGACGGGCACCGCCCGCUCCAGCCCCUCCGCGGAGAUAAUAGGCACUACCUGCCGCUCUGGAACAACGAGGAUCCCUAUGGAGACGUGUGGGUACCGGAUAGGCCCCCGGUGCAGGUGGAUGUGGAUGUCUCCAAACUGACUAAUCUUGGUCAUCUGGAAAUGACAUGGAGAAGCAGAGUGCAUUUCCAUCCACUUCUUGUGAGAAUCCUGCACAAAUCUAGACUAAGGUACUAUGGAAAACCAGAGAAAAAAAUGGAGAUGCCUUAUCAGGCUUACUUUGAAGUUGCUGAUGGCUCAGGCAUGAUGUCAAUGGUUUUGUGGAAUUCUCUGUGUCCUGAAUGGUAUCACAGUAUGAAGGUUGGCACAGUGCUGCUCCUUGCCAAGUAUGCCAUCAAAUCCAGUUACCCAUUCAAAACACACCCCACCCCAGGGGAUUCACAGAUGAAGAGAUUUGCUACAAUUGAAAUUUGCCUUAAUGUUCGAGAUCCUCCUACCGAAAUAAGUAUUAUUCCAGAAGAAAUGGUUAAGCCGGAGUGGGGAUUACCUGAAGUUAAAUAUAGAUUUAUCACAAGGUCAGAGCUGGAUGACUUACCGCACAAUCAUUCCUGUGAUGUUAUUGGUCUUGUGACAUUUGUAGGAAGGGCUGAACGAGCCAGAAAAAGAGAACACAGUGAAGAUUUCUGGCUGUAUCGUUGGGCACAUGCCAUUGAUGGGACCUCAGACCAGCCGUUCAUACUGGAAUUGUUUGCAACUUCUCAGCCGGAUGUGUUUGAGCGUAUUCAUCCAAUGACAUACUUGGUGUGCACACAGAUGAGAGUGAUGACUGAGAAUCCUUCCAGGACAGUUUACCUUACAACUUCAAAUGAAAGUCAAAUAUUCAUUACAGGGUGGCACAAGGGCCAGCCAUACACCAAGGAUGCCAAAGUGAAAAACUUCAUUCAGUGGACCAAAUCGCAAAGUGAAGCUGAUCAAAUAAAGAAAACUGUCAUCGGUGGCUAUUACCCUUUUCCACGACCUCCUGAUAGCUUUUUGAAAUAUUGUAAAAACAAUGAAGUUGAAUCAGUUUUGAAACCCAUAGGUGAAAUAGGGAAAGAGAUUGAAGACCUGCACUACAGAGAACACAAGCGAAUUGCUGUUCAGGGAAUAAUUAGUGCCAUAAGAUACAUCAGCUGUAGCAAUGCAGCAGAAGAAGCCUCAGGAGGGGACUUGGUCCAGAAAGAUACCUCUCAGUCUCUUGGAAGUUCUUCUGCGUCCAAAGAAGACUGUGUUGACAAGGGAAAAAAUGAAGAAGUUAAAUCUUUUCUGGGGCCACCCUGCACUCCUGAGGAACAUCACCAAGCUCCGCUGUCAAAGAGGAGUUCAGUCAAGAGAAAAACAACACGCAGGUUCAGAAGAGAUGCAGAACAGGGAGGUACAUCUGUUAGUCCUGUAUCAUCUUACCCCUAUUUUACACGGACUGUAAGAAGAAAACUUGGCUUAGAUGAAUAUCAGCAUGGACAUUCUGUGCAAGAUAAAAAUGGACAGGCUGUGUCAGACAGUUUGCAGUAUUUCACAGAUCAAGAAGGAGUGAAUAAUAUAGCUGAAACUGAAGAAUCUGGAAGAACUUGUGGUUCCUGGCAGAGUGACCUGUGGGCACAAGUGAAAGACAAGUUAUUGAAUUAUUUUCAUCAUAGUAAAAUUUUCCCAGAAAGUAUCCCAUGUAAAUUUGAUUAUGUGCACAAAGACUUACUUAUGCAACAGUACAACCUUCAUGCAGCAGUGCACCAGCCAGUAGAAGCCAGAACAGAUAAAAACAUCAAUGAGUUUAAAAGUGCUAAUGGCCUUGGAUAUUAUGAAGUGACAGUUCUGGGGAUAAACCAUGACAUAGCAAUAGAUGUUGCUUUUCUUCCACUGUUUUCCCCUGACAAUCCCCACUUGUUUCAACUGGAAGACAUUCAGAAUGAUACAUUAUUGUCUUGUAUGAGUUGUAUCUCUGCAUGCCAGCAGAAGGCCACCAACAGUGGGGGGCUUGGUGACACGUUUCCUCUUUCAGAUGAAAUUGUAAAAGCAGCGAAGGAGCUCGAUGGCAAACAUGUUAUCUGCAUCUUGGACAUGUGUCACUUGGGUGAUGACAAGGUGGAAGUCUUUCUGAACAAAAUCUACAAGACAGUGGAACCAGGUGUGCUGGAUCCAGUGUAAUUUAAUCACUUAAUUUUUGAAUGUAUAUUGUUCAAAAGGAGGGAAAUAAAAUUGCUGUAACUUGAAUACACCCUCUACACAUUGCACUUUUCUAGAACUAGCAGACACAAACAUAAAAUCGUGAUUCUUAGGGCAGUGGUAAUGGUCAUCCAUGUAACUGGGAAGGACAAUUGUUGCCUUUAUUUUUCUUGUUUUGGUCGCUGAUGUUCAAGAAAGGUGAAUAGGCAGUAUAGUGAGCUGAUCAUUUGGCAGGAUACCAAGGAAUCAAAGUGAUUGUCAGCUGUCUUUCUUUACCUGUGCACAAACAUACACAGGAAAUGUAUUUAUCUGGGUGAGAAUAUAUAUAUCUCUGGGUGACAGUAUAUAUCUGUAUAUAUCUGAAAAGAGAGGCAAGCUUUCCUAAUAUUUAAGGCAGUGUUUGCAAAUGAAUUAAUGGGCUGUGAUAAAAAUUUAGGCUGGAAAUUAGAAUAAUUUUGAGGGUUAGAAUUUUGAUGUUCUGUGGUGAUCUUUUUUACUGAAAGCUACUAGAGGCACCCUAACUGCUCUUUAGGCUUGAAGCUUACUGUGAAAGGGAUUAAAUACCAUGGUGCCUUUAGUAUCAUAAUCCAAGAAACCACUUUCGGCUCUUUUCACCUGAGCAAGGUCAGGUGCUAUGUUUUUAUAUGUCUGCUUUUGUACACAGACUGUUAUGUAGUGAGUAUAGCAUCCAAACAUUUUUAACAUAUUUUAUUCAUUUAUACAAGUAAUGAAAUAUUUUUUAAAAGAAUUUUUGUAUUGGAACUUGCUUUGAGCUUUGCAAGAGAAAACUGUCUUUAAGAAGUGCUAAUUAUGGCAGGAUAUACAGUUUAUUACAUCAUUUCUAGGCGUGUUAUGAGAACAUGAAGUUCAGCAACUAAGCUGCUAUUUCCACAAUAGCAAAGGACUGGAAAAUUUUUGCCUGUACUGAAGAGCAACUGGCUCCUCCUGGUCCAGAUUCAAGUAGCACAUUUUUACCCAUGUUAAACAGCCUCAAAUCACUUAAGGAACUUGAUUCUUACAAAAUUAUUUUCAAGCAGGAGCUCUUUGCAGUUUGACUGCUUGUCCAUUUGAAAUGCUGCUCUCAAUUCAAUUCUUUGAGAAGAAAGAAGUACGGAGACUUGCCAGGUAAAUUGUACCAUUAUUGAGCAAAGCCCACAGAGUUAAUUUAUAGGAACAGAUAAAUUCUUAGGCACAUUUUAGCAGCCUGUUGGUGACUGGAGGUUACCUCCUUCAAAUAGUAGUAGUCACUUCUCUGCCCUGGGGGCAGUAGACUUUGUCCUGACGUAGUUAAAGUCUGGGCCCUAUCUUCAGUUAAUGGUAAUUUGACAGAGAAUGUAAUUGAUUUUGUUACAUACAAGUUCACAGACAACUUCAGAUAAAAAGUCACGAAAUUAAUAAAAUUAUUGUGUCUUUCUAGUGUAGUUUACAGUUUAAAAAUAUAUUAAGGUGAAUAGUUUCACUUCAAUUGCACUGCAACUUAAAGUUAAUUUAAUGUGACUGUAUUGUAUCUAUUUAAUAUGAAUCAGAAGUAUUAGUUCUGGAGCAAUGUUGUCAACUCACGCCCUUCAAAAUACCCACAGAAGGCAAAAUGAAAAGAUACCAACCCAAGAAGAGUAGGGUGUUGCUUGCAGUAUUAUUUGUGUCAUUGUGCUGCUAAUGGGUAUGUGAAGGUGAGAGGCCAUUGCUCUGGAGUGAGUAACACAGUGCUUCAUGUUCCAAACUGAGCCAUGCUGACUGUGUCAGUCAAUGCUUUUUAUUUACAUAUACUUCAGAUGGAAGUUUAAUUUUAACGAAACUCUUCUUUUUAAAGGCAAUUUUUAAAGGAAUUCUCUUUGUCAUCACAAAAGGACUGAUGUGGCUGACAUUGUCACAGAGCCACAUGGGUGAGAUGGUCCAGCCAUCUUCCUUCACCCCAUGCCAGGCUGUUUGUGGCAUUGCCCGCUUAUUACACUAUAAACAUAAAGCAUUAAUAAUUUCAUCCUAUAUGUUAGGACUUCCUAACUCUAAAGGAAAUAUCUAAAUUAUGUGGAAUAUAGAUAAUGUUUUAAAACAUUAAAGGAUGUCAUUUUACUUUACUCAAGUGUUUGAAAUUUUUGAUGGCAAAGCUGGGAAGGAGAGAGAUUUACUCUCGCAGGUUGGGGUGCAGAUUGGAAGCACAGGUUCUCUGUUUGCAGCUGGUGAAUGUCCAAUGCCUGUAGUAGACUUGGAAUUUUAAUACUUUGGAUCAUUCUGUAGAGUCACCAUCCUGCUAAAUAACACUGGACUUAAUAUGUGGAGUUCAGUGGCUGAAAUGCUGCAGUGUUAUUAUGAUUCUACCACUGUGCUUCUCUCCCUCCUCCCUGCCAAUCCAGCACUGUCAGACUGGAGCAAAGGUCCUCUGCAAGGAAACCACUUGCUGUUUUACUUCAUUCAGUGUUUAUUAACAAAGUGUAAAACAAAUUGAUUUUUGGUCUUGAGUCUGUCAAAAUGAUAGUUUUGCCAUGUUAAGCCAAUAUAUGGAGUCAUUAUUCCUGCAAAAUGUCAAAGGGAUCACCUUUAUUGCUGCUGUGUAUUGCUACUGCUAGGGGUAAAAUAAUAUCAGAACACAUUUCGUUACUGUGGAAGGUGUACCUGACCAAAGAACUUUACUCUAAAACCUUACAUGUGCAUGUUUCUUGUGUUUUCAGCAUUAAUUUCAAUGAAUGGAGGAAGGUAGAACAUAUGUAGGUAGUGGUACUUUAGAGUGUGCAAAAGUUCCUAAGUCAUAGAUCAUAAGGAUAAUACUAAUGUUGAAUUAAUGUGAUGUAGGAGUUGUGCAACACUGAAAAGCUGAGAGUACAAAUAAACAAAUUAAUAUAUGUAAACAUCUUGGUUUUUUUUUUUUUCUUUCCAUUUCUUUCCUUUUUACUUCUUGUAAGUUGUUUUGAUUUUCCCAGAAUCUUCUCCACAGUCAUGUUUACUCUUUUCAAGAAACUUUAAAGGAGAAGUAGGCCGAGCUUCCAUCAGCAUCUGUGCCACCAACAGCAGCUUCUCUUGGCUUUCAACAUGGUGUGCAGCAUGGGUUUGCAGAAAACGAGGAAAAAGGGAGUCUUUGUCCCUUCUCCUCCCACUGUGCUCCAGGACGGGGGCUGAGCCGCAGGCUGGGCAGAGCAGGAUAGGAGCCAGUUCCUUGGCUGCUUGUCACCUGAAUGGGCCGGGAAUGCUCUGGGCACCCUGACAUUACUGCCCUUCCUGGGCUGUCUCUGUAAACCUGCAGGAAGGGAAAGAACUUGGAGAAGAUCUGCUCUGCACUAGUGACAAAGCUCUCAGCUGCUUCCCCACCCCAGGCUGGGUGUUUAAUUUCCUCAAGAGGAAGGAACUCUGUACAGCAGCUGAAUCAGCUCCAGGCUCUGCAAAUUACACCUCUAUCACCCAAGGAGAGAUAUCUGCUAAAGCCAGUGUUACUGAUAUCCACAAAUCCUCACAGACUGCUUGGCUGCUGGAUGUAUUCCGGCUCUGGAAAGUGUGUGAAUAAAAUGAACACUGCAAAACUCAGGCGUGUCAAGCGGAGUUGCUAUGCAGCUUUGGCACUUGUAUGAGCACAACAGCAUCCUGAACAACCCUCUGGCAGUGAACUCUUUAGGAGUGACUGAGCCACCUUGAGAGCAGUCUCAAGGGGUUGAGGAGCAGCCAGCAGCUCUGCCUCCCUGCAGUCCUACCAGGCACUUGAACCCUACUAGGUAGAGAAAUGAGGCCAAAGGAAGAGCCCGGCUUGGCAGGCAGUUAACAAUAAAGGCUGUUUUGUCUGUGCUGUAAUCUGUGACCACUAUCUGGCUGAGUACUGAUGACUUCCAUUUGCCCUGAGUGUGCCCUUUCUCUGCCCUCCAGCCCUCACCCCACUGGGAGUGGGGCCCUGAACCGCAGCUUCCGACAGGGCUGAGGGCCAGAAAACAACAGGCUCAACGAAGCCCUGAUUGGCCAGGGCCAAAACACACUGCAAGGUGGUCUGACAACACUACAGGCUAAAGGAAGAUGAACUGCAGGCUCAAGACCAGAUGGGAAAGAUCAGAAUGUGCUGCUGUGAAGUUUGGUGUAGUCAAUUUUUGGUUUGUUUUAGUCUUUUCAAAAAAGAUCUCCUGUAACCAGAGCAAAUUAACAAGAAAAUACAUUUAUACAGGCUGGAGAACAAUCAGAUGAAGUGGAUGUCUUCAGGUGGGCUUUAUUAAUCCUGCACCACCUAAUAAUCUGCACACUGCUAUGACCUGGAACUUGGGCAGUUUGAGGUCUGUAGAAAACAGAAGUCUAAAAUCUGAAGGACGAAUAUUGUAUUGUCUUCAGAAAGGAAGCAUACAAUAAAUUGGUCCAUUUGUCCAACUUUUAUCCAUAAAGUGACUCUGGAACAAUUUUUUUUUUUUUAAUCCCUUCUUUGCAUUUUUACCACCAUCAAGGACAGCUUGUGCCAAACUAGUCUCAUUUCCCUUUUUGAUAGGCCUAACAUAGGAGGCAACCUCCUCCUAAUCAGCUUGAGGAAAUAAAAGUUAAGCAUGGAGAUAGAUAUGCAGCUAUUAAAAAAAAAGCCAACUCCUUAAGAGUACUUGACCACCCAGCAGGACAGCAAAUCCUGCUGCUUUGCAGGAAUCUCUCAGGGUAGCAGCUUUAUUUAGCAUUUGAAACCAUCUGAUCAUCUGGAAGAUGAUCCUCUGUGGAUUACAGCCAAGAAGGAAUGCUUAGAAGGAUGUUCAGGGACACAAUUAUGAAGAUAAAAAAUUGCAGCAGUUUUCCAAAGCAAAACAAGUGACAAAAAUGUGGUCAAAUAAAAGCAGUCCCCUCAGGCAGGGGAAAGGGAUUUUAUAGUGAGGAGGAGCUGACAGGGCAGCAAUGAUAGUGAAAAGAUCAGAAAUCAUAGAAAACCACAAACUGAGGUGCAGCUCCACUGCAAGCCGUUGCCACAGAAAGUAGCAGCUAUGAUUUCUAGAUGAAGAUGGAGAAGAGAGGACUGACAGCCAAAAAUGUAAUUGUUCUGGUGGUUUGGGAAUGAUGCAGUCUGGCUUCGAGGGCAACACUGUAGAAGAAACCAACAGGAAAAUAAUUAUUUAGAAAACACAAGAGUUAAAAAUUCAGGCUUUUUGGCUUUUUUCUAAAGGCAGAAAAGAUCAGGGACAGAAAAGAUCAGAGUGCAAACAAGAUUCUGGUGAGAGGAUGACAGAGAGAAAGGCAACUUUAUUUGCAGUAAAAAUCAGCAGGUCAGUUGGUGGGGGAGUUUUGAAUUAAGGAGAAAACAGCAGUGAGACAAUAUAUCUGGGAGACUCUCUAGUAGAGUUUUUUUACAAGUUGGACAGAUCACCAAGAGCACUCUGUCUUGGCACCACUCAGAAGAAGAAAACAUGGCAGGGGAUGCCCUGACAACUCUUCCAGCCCUACCCAAGCUUUAAUAAAUGGAUGAUCAAUAUAAUUUUUCAUAAAGGCCAUAAACAACAGAAUUACUGUUACACACCUAAUAAAAUGGCCCAAUGUUCCCAAGGAUUUAGUAACAGGAUUUUUACACCAAACCAAGCUUAAAUACAGUCCUUGAACUCCCACAUACAGAAAGGCAAAUGCCAUUCUCUCUCUGCCUGGUAUGUUGCUAGCAUUUCUACCUUUUAUUCCUCCUAGUUAAACAAGUCACAAAGUGUUGUAUGCAAGAAAAGUGUGUUAAAAGUCAGCUGUGGAAAAAUGUCAACUAAUGGCUCAGCCUUAGUACCUGCCAAUGUAGGCCAGGUUGUCUACAGCUGAAUAUUCUCCUAAAACAUGACAGGGUGUGAGAUUUAAACCUGAAUAGCUUUCCCUGUAGCUGAUUUUGACAUUUGGAGGACCAGACAGUUUCUCACCUUUUAGGAGUACUUUGCUGGCAUUUUAGAAGUUUCCACACUGACAUUUUGUGUGAAGAAAGGAAACUAGUGAGAGGCUAAAAGGCUUUGAAGUACAGGAGGGAGAAAAUUCUCCACCAGGCAGAACGGGCUAAUUUUGGUGCUCUUUGCCAUUUAAAAAAAAAAAGUCAGUUCUAUUGCUACAACUAAACAGGUAAAGAAGUCGCAAUGAUAUAGCUAAGUGUCUUAAAUACAGCUCAGUUGUGUUUCAGAACAGAGAACUUUGAGGCAGAAAUUGCUGAUAUCAGUUGCAGUAAAUCACUAGGACAGCAUGCCCAUUGCACUACUUAAUUUUUCCCACCAUGGAGCACAUAUUUCGUUGGGUUUGGUUUUUUUUCUUUCAGCACAGAAGAUGUAGGGGCAGCUCUACUUUUAAAGCAUUAGCUUAACUCCUGGUUCAAGCUGCCCCUAACAUUCAAUCUAGCUUUGCAAAUUGUGCCUGAACUUAACCAAACAUCUUUCUCACCAAAGCUUUUAAUUUCAUCAUGCAGUUAGCCAGAAUAAACUGCUAUUUUAUUUAGCUGUUUAAGCCAAAUUGAAUAGAGGAAAACUGAUAUAACAAGCUAAGAACAUGUUUACUGGAAGUCCUGGUUAACUGGAAAGUUAUCUUUUUGUAGCUCCUUUGUGCAAGUCAUCAAAAUAAUUGCAGUAUUUUAGCAAAAGCCAAGAAGCAGAGACUGCUACUGGAGAACACUGGCUCAUUUUCAGCUCUGUAGUGACAGCAGCAAUUGUCUUUCCCCACUGGAUUACUAUCUUCAGAAAAUUAAUCAAUAAUCAGAGAAUGGCCAUAGAAGGGGUCCUUGAGUGAUAAACACCACAAAGUUUACAAACAAAUAGAAAGUAUUUCAUUUACCUAACCAGCAUAUUGGAAAAACAGAUUGAAAAAACCAACCCCAAAAAACCCCCAUAAGUCAUCAACAAGCUUUCAGGCCCUUACACGUUAGAAACCUGAGACAGAGUUUCCGGACCUGAGAGAAAGUUUCUCUUCCCCAUGCCACCCACCCAAACCCACAUUGCUUUGCUGUGGUAACAGUGUGGAUUUUGUUACAUCAUGUGAUCUGAGCCUCCUGCUACCACCUUAAUUCAACAGCUUGCAGAAAGUUCAUCCAAAUACAGAGAUUUUAAUCUGGUUUUGCAUUUGGAUUUUCAGUAUUGUCUAGAAGCUACAUUUCUACAGCUGGCAAUCCUCCCCUAAAACAUAUUUUGCAAAUAUUGUUUAAAAUGGAAGUAUUUGGAGAUUAUCUUGAUGAACCCUCAGUAACCCAGCAGAAUUGCUCCUCCCACACCCACCUUACCUGUUUCUGGGCCUGCAGAUCUCAGCUGCUGCCCAACCACAGCACUUGGGUGAGAAGGAGGGAGGGAGGUUUCUGUAACAUCCUGACCAUAUCUGGACUUCCACCCCCUACUCACCUACAUCCUGUUCUUGCUUGAGUGAGUGGAAAACCCUCCAAAACAAAAAAUUCAUUCUGUUAAUUUUUUUUAAAUAAUGAAAAAAAAAAUCAAAGGAAAUUCUGAGUAUCUGAAGUUUCAGCUCAGAAAUAAGCUUAUUGAAUACUUUCCAGUGAAUGGAAAUACCCAGCCUGUGAACAGUUCUACCCAGUAAGCACUGAAACACUGUGACUUACACUUCAGUGCUUUCCUCUAGAACUUCAACUGUCAUGUCAUUCCUUAACUAAAAAAAAAAAAAAAAAAAAAAGAACAAAAAAACCAGAGAUGAAUUGUUCAAUUUCUCAAUGAUGCCAAAUACAGAAAGCUUAGAUUAUUUAACAGAAUAUAUUACAAUAGGAAAAGGUCACUUACGGGGAGUGAUUAAAAUCAUUGUUAGUCAUUAUUACCACCAAAACUGCAGAAUUGUGAAAGAGAAACAUGAAAGUCUUGUUUUUGAUGUCAUGGCUUAUAUCUUAAUUUUGAAUGAUUGGCUCACUGAAGGGAACUAAGAAUUCUCUCUCUGAAUUUUUCCAAGAAGCCAUUACUAAUGUGUUUAUUUGGCACUUGAAUAUAUUUGGGUCUAAGUGACAAGUUGAUGGCUUUUAUCAGUGAAGCAACCUGGCAUUUUCAAUAACCUCAGCAGCUAACAAAGAUGUAAAAUGCUGAAGAUACAUUGGGGAAGGCUGCAGCAAUUUCAGUCAAAUUCCAGUUUGAUGGUUUAUUAAGUCUCUAUGGCGUUGAAAUAACGUGCCAAUGUCAGAAAGCAGAAUGGCCUCGAGCAGAGAGGGCAAGAGCUCAACCCUUGUGCUCAGCUCCAUCUCUGUUCCACUAUCCCAGCCAAAAAUAUGGUCAUGCAGUCCCAUCCACAAUGGGUGUGUGGGCUGAGUUCACUCUUAAAAGGGAAGAGAGAGAAAAGCAACUCAGCUUUUCUUCUCUGGGUUCUGCAUGCUUCAAACAUGGUUCCUCAUUAAAAAUCCAUCUCUUUGGCCUCAGUUUAAUCUCCUCAACCCAAGAACAAAAUGCCAUGCCAUUACACUGAGAAGCAAUCACAUUUAUUCACUCUUUGAACAAAGUUACAGGUCAAGUAACUGCAAUGAAGAAAAAAAUAAAUCACCACAAAAUUUGGAUAAUUUCAAGCUAAAAAACAUCUUACCUUAUAAAAAACCAUGUUAAAGGUGAAAGUAUAUUCAGAUACUUGCUUUACAUGCUGAAACACAGGGUCAAUAAAUGAAUCCAUGAGGAACUGUCAACUAGUGUUAUUUAAAACCUUUCUAUAUAGUGACUUAAACCAUCCUUAGCAUUUAAAUCUUCCUUUUGGCCUAACAUCUUCCAUUCUUUUUUUUUUCCCAUUCUAUGGCUUUUCAAAUUUGUGUAGGGAUUUUGGUUGUUUUUUGUUUUUUUAAAGCAACUAAAUUUUGGUUUUGUCAUGGACACCAGGAUAAAAGUCAAAAGAAUUUAGGGGUAAGUACUGAUUUUCCUAGAUUGCUAUGCUGAAAGCUACAAAACUUUAUAUUACACUGUUAUGCUUACUUAUCUUGAAACAAUACAUUUCUGUCUAGUGGUCUAUGUUGAGCAACAUUCCAGAUGAGGUAGAUUGAAGGAAUAUUUAUCAUUGCAAUAAUAUCAAUGUGGCAGAGGGAAUGAAUUCAGCAAGGAAUGUAAUUACUCUUUUCCUCAUGCUAUUCCUUAAUCUCUGGAAUUUCAGAGAGUGCUAAUAGCUGACUUUGUAUAACCUGAGUUUUUUCUCACUGAAAUCCCUGAGGCUUUAUUUUUAUUUUGUCUCCUUUACAAAUUUUUAUAAUGUUGGAGUUUUUAUAGCCUGAUUGGAGGUAAAAGGCAUAUGCUAAUAAGGGGUCUGCUAGUUCUGCUACAUUUCUCCUCCCCUUUCUACCACUAACAAAAGGAGGAUAAGAGACAUGGAAAAAACUGUAUUUGAGGGGCUCAGGGACCAAUGGGUAAAGAAUUGUAUUUAUUGAUAAGGAGGGAAUACAUAAGUGCAUAAAAAAAUGCACAUUUGUAGCUAAAAAGCAUGUAGCACUCAUCCUAUUUUUUGCAGAACAAUAUGUUCUAAAAAUACAGCAUUUAGUUUCACUUUUUUGACUGAUUGGAGUUUGAAGACAGGUAUGAACUUAAAAAGGUUAGUAGCUAUAAAGUCUGCUCCUAGAAAGCCUAUCAGGAGAUCUCUUCCCAGUCUGCUAAGACUGCCCAUGUCCGUGACUUACAUGUCUACACUUAUUUGGAAGGAGCAAGAAAUCCCUGAGCACUAACCAUAAAGGGCUUCCAUGGAUCCUUUUCUCUCCAUUCCAUUAUCUUCUUCCUCCAGCACAAUCAAGGUACCACUGUAACCAACCUUGCAGCACAGGGCAGAAACUAAUGCUGAGAAUGAAGAGCAGAAAAAUGUCACAGUUGUCCAGAAAACACCUGCUGAGCUUUGCUGAGUAAAGAACCCUCAAAACAAAACCAUCAAAGAAUGAACAAAACAACAACAAAAACA